UUCAUUUUCAUGCUUCCAACCCCAUGAAAUUCCACGCUCUCUGAUUCCUCAAAUUCUUUCUCUCUAAUGUUCCACACUCUGCACACAAACACAAACAUUCAUUCAACACACAGACAGAAAGCUUAAGCUAGUAAGAAAAUGCCCAAUGUACAAAACCCUAACUUUUUCUGAUUUCGUUUAAGACCCACCAAACCAAUCACUACCCUCAAUUCCUCUCUUAACUUACUGCCUCUCAAACAUCAAUCUUUUUCGAUUUUUCUGCUGAAGUUAAUUCCUUUCGCUUUUAUUCUCUCCUGGGCCAGGCUCCACUACUUGCUUCCUUUCCCUUGCUUGGUUCAAUUCAUGUGCUUCCGUUCUGAUUUCAAACACCCAACUACUUGUUUCUUAAUUUUUUUUCAUCAGUUACGUACUCAAUCCGUUAGAUCAGUGUUUGUUGAUUUGAAUUCAAAUUAAAAUUUAAUUUUUGGUGUUUGUUUCCUCGCAAAAAAUCACUUUUUUUUUGUCUUGUUAAUUAGCAGGUGAAGAAGGUCCUCUUCGAUCUUCGAUUUGAUUUUGUGGGGGGAGUUGCUGGUUGCUGUCACUGUGUAUCUGUCUGCAGGUUCUUUGGAUUACAUUUAGUUUUCUUUGGAAGGACUGAGAGAGAGAGAGAGAGAGUUUUGAGGAUGGGAGAACGUUGUAGACAUUUUUCCAUUGAGGAAUUGCCAUCACAUUUGGUUUUAGAAAUUCUGUGUUCGGGAAGGCUCAGUGCAAAAGACCUUGUUUGUUUAGAAUUGACUUCCAAAACUUUUGGUGGUAGUCAUGGCUUGUACCCUUUCAAGUUUAAGUCCUUGAUUGACUUUGCGGCAUUUCAAUUGUGUGCCUCCCAUGUUAUCCAUUCUAGGAUGGAUUUGAAUGCUCAGAGGGAGUUAUACGAUCGAUGUGAAGGAAAUUGGAAGCGAGUUUUGAGGUUCUUGCAGAGUGUGGAACAAUCCUCAACAUUGGUUGAGACAUCAUCAGGCAAUAUGCAAAUAACAACUGGAAAGUAUCACACCUUGUUGAUCAGCAAUUCUUCCGUCUAUUCUUGUGGUUCUGGUUUGUGUGGUGUACUUGGUCAAGGGCCUGAAACAACACAGUGUGUAGCAUUUACCCGGAUUGGUUUCCCACCUUUGGCACGUGUGGUUCACGUAUCAGCUUCCUAUAACCAUGCAGCUUUUGUAACGCAGUCUGGAGAGGUAUUCACAUGUGGAGAUAAUUCAUCUUCUUGCUGUGGGCAUAGAGAUACAAGUCGACCAAUUUUCAGGCCUCGUCUUGUUGAAUCACUGAAAGGGAUUCCUUGCAAACAGGUUGCAGCUGGGCUUAACUUCACAGUCUUCCUCACUAGACAAGGUCAUGUUUAUACAUCUGGAACCAACACACAUGGGCAACUUGGUCAUGGUGACACUCAGGACAGACCAACCCCCAAAAUUAUUGAAGCCCUUGGUAAUGUUGGUUCUGUUGUUCAGAUUGCUGCUGGACCAAGCUAUAUCUUAUCUGUAACAGAAAAUGGAGCAGUAUACUCCUUUGGAUCAGGUGCUAAUUUCUGUCUUGGACAUGGUGAGCAACACAAUGAGCUUCAGCCACGUGCUAUACAGAAAUUCAGAAGGAAAGGUGUUCAUAUUGUCCGUGUAUCUGCUGGGGAUGAGCAUGCAGUGGCACUUGAUUCAAAUGGAUUUGUAUAUACAUGGGGCAAGGGAUACUGUGGUGCUUUAGGCCAUGGAGAUGAGAUUGAGAAGACAACUCCAGAGAUAUUGACUAGUCUCAAGAAUCACUUAGCUGUUCAGGUCUGUGCAAGAAAGAGGAAAACAUUUGUUCUAGUUGAUUCUGGAUCAGUCUAUGGCUUUGGCUCCAUGGGAUUCGGUAGCCUGGGAUUUUUGGAUAGAAGGAUAUCUGAUAAAGUCUUGAAACCUCGAAUCUUGGAUACCUUGAGAGCUCACCGUGUUUCUCAAAUAAGCACUGGCUUGUAUCACACUGUGGUAAUCACUAGCCGUGGAAAGAUAUUUGGCUUUGGAGACAACGAAAGAGCACAACUUGGUCAUGACACAUUAAGAAGCUGCCUUGAGCCCAUUGAAAUUUUCAUUAGAGAUUCAUCUGAAGAAGUAGAUCCUAUAGAAAGCAUCUGAGACUCCAAUAGCAAUCACCCCUUUUUUGUGUGGUUCUGGUAUAUCAGUCACCUGAAUUUCUAAUAUGAUACUAAUGACUAAUGUAAAACUUUAUUGUUUUAUGUUAUACUAUAGUUUUCUAAAAUAGUAAUAGCACGCAGAAUUGUCACCAUUUUUCAAUACAUUAAAGGGUGUGAUUUGUUUGGUCAGAAAUUCUGGAAAUGUUUGUUUUGCUGGAUUGAAUUUUAUUAAUGAAUAAUGAACUGUUAGUAGUCCUU